UACCACUCUCUCGCUCAUGUUGAGUUGAGACAAAAUCAAGUCAUAAAAUCAAAUCUAAUAGUACAUCACCAGUACAGUACUCAUCACUAUGCCCAACCACCACCACCACCUCCACGUCCCACUCCGGCCAUCCUCCGCCACCUCAUCGUCCAACCACCAAUCCUUCACUUCAAAGCUAAUUCUCCUCCUCACUCUCCUUCCUCUCUCACUCGCAGCCUUAGCCUUCAUCCUCCAAUGGAAAGGCGACGAUCACGGCGGCCUAGCAGAUCCCACCGCUUCCACCGCUCGCUGGGCCCCACAAGGCUCUCACAACCACGAGAUCUUCCCCGGAACGGAAAAUUCCGUUCUGUCUCCUAAACCACACCACUCUUCUUCUGAUUGCUUAAGUCUUGUACGCUCUGCCUCCCCUUCUUUCCCGUACUUCCAUGACUGGAAAUUUGACGUUGAGCCCAAUUUGAGGCCCAAGAUAUGUAUUACAACAAGUACAUCAGCCGGCUUAGAUCAAAUUCUUCCAUGGAUGUUUUACCACAAGGUUAUGGGUGUCUCAACCUUUUUUUUCUUUGUGGAAGGAAAGGCUGCAGCUCCUAAUGUAUCUAAAGUUCUUGAAUCUAUUCCCGGUGUGAAAGUUAUUUAUAGAACAAGAGAGCUUGAGGAGCAACAGGCUAAGAGUCGUAUUUGGAACGAGACAUGGCUGUCGAGUUUCUUUUACAAACCAUGCAAUUAUGAGCUCUUUGUGAAGCAAUCUCUUAAUAUGGAAAUGGCUAUUGUCAUGGCAAGGGAUGCUGGCAUGGACUGGAUACUUCAUCUUGACACUGAUGAACUGAUACAUCCUGCUGGUGCUAGUGAAUAUUCUUUAAGGCAAUUACUAAUGGAUGUUCCUGGAAAUGUGGAUAUGGUUAUAUUUCCAAAUUAUGAAAGUAGUGUUGAACGUGAUGAUGUCAAAGACCCAUUUACUGAGGUAUCAGUUUUCAAGAAGAACUAUGACCAUCUCCCAAAGGAAACAUACUUUGGCAUGUAUAAGGAAUCAACUCGUGGUAAUCCAAACUAUUUCUUAACUUAUGGAAAUGGGAAAUCUGCUGCUCGAAUUCAAGACCAUCUUCGUCCUAAUGGUGCUCAUAGAUGGCACAACUACAUGAAGACCCCUAAUGAGGUGAAGUUAGAAGAGGCAGCGGUUUUACAUUACACAUACUCCAAAUUCUCAGAUUUGACUUCUCGACGUGAUCGAUGUGGCUGCAAGCCCACAAAGGAGGAUGUCAAAAGAUGCUUUAUGUUGGAAUUCGACAGAGCUGCCUUCAUAAUUGCUUCAACUGCAACUGAGGAGGAAAUGCUAAAGUGGUAUCAUGAACAUGUUGUAUGGGGUGAUAAAGACCAGAAACUGAAACUCUUGAGGAAAGGCAUUUUAACUCGCAUAUAUUCUCCCUCGAUCAUAAUAGAGGCUUUAAGAGAAUCUGGUGUAUUCACCUCUGUAAUCGCUUCUGCUCCAACUACUCUCUCAAAAGACAAUUUUUUAGCCUCUAUUAAAAAAAGCAACUCAUCAAGAGCUGUUGCUUCUGAAUCGCUACCCUCGAGAAAGAUUGGCCGAAGCAGAGAGCAUGAGGCAGCAACUGCUAGGAGGAUUCUGGAGUCAGAAGCUACGACAUCUCACGAAGCAGCGGUUCCACCAUUGUCUCCACCGGGAGCUAAUGAGGAAUUAAUGGAAGUGUGAUUUUAAGAUACCGGCAUGAUUGCUUCUUCUUCUCAAUCCUGUUCGAGUAGGUUGAUCCAUUUUGGUAUGAUAUGAAUUGAAGGGAAGAAUCAGGAGAGAAAAAGAAAGAGCACUCUUUGUUGCAGUAAAACAUGUUGUUAUUGUUCGGUUUGGUUGGUUCUUCCCGAUCAUGAUCCAAGCGGUUGUGUACAUUUCCUUUAGGAGAUUAAUGUAUAGAUAUCAGUCUUGUAAUUAAGGAGAAGAAUAUAAUUGUCUUUGCACUUGAAAAGCUGUCUGUCUACAUAAUCUCAAAAUCUGAAAUCUGGUUUAGCUCCUCAA